UGGUCAAUGUUGUUUUACUUUAGUCAACUUUAUUAACUUUAAAUAAGUUCGAAUAAAACCUUCGUCGCGUCGCCUGCCUUUCGCUUUCGAUUCGAUGCGUGAUUUGACUUUAUUUUUCGAACAUCACUUCAUUAUUAUUAACGCAUUCGAGCGCUGCUCAUUUAAAAAUAAAAUGUGAAUACAAUUGAAUGGUGACAUAAAUUUCCAUGGAUGAAUUGUAAAGUUUCCGAUUAAAAAUUGUGCAGUGAUAGUGUACUAGCCAGGAGAAUCAUCAUGGGACGAGUGACUUAUAUUUUUAUCGCUAGUUUAGUGAUUUUCCUCGCGUAUGGAUUCAAACAACUUUCGAAAUUAGAUUUAGCGUAUCCAGAAGUUGGAUAUUCCAUUGAUCAAUUUGUAAAUUCACUUGGAUAUUCUUUUGAAUAUCAUUCUGUGACAACUAAAGAUGGCUACAUAUUGGAACUCCAUAGAAUACGUUCAGAAUCAUCUAAAUCAACUCCAAAAAAACCUCCGAUUCUAUUGAUGCAUGGCUUAGUCUGUAGUUCUUUUUCCUAUUUAACGAGUGGUGAAAAAUCCUUGCCUUAUUACCUCGCCAAAAACGGUUUUGACGUCUGGUUAGGCAAUGCUAGAGGAAAUGCAUUCUCUCGUAAACACAUCGCAAUAGAUCCCGAUGUCAAUCCAAAACAAUUUUUCGACUUUUCAUGGCAUGAAAUAGGCUCUAUUGACUUGCCAACAAUAAUUGAUUACAUUCUCACGCAAACUAAGCAUAAAAAGUUGUAUUAUGCAGGUCAUAGUCAAGGUAGUGUGUCUUUUUAUGUGAUGAUGAACGAGCAUCCAGAAUAUAACGAAAAGGUUGAAGUAAUGCUGGCGCUGGCUCCAGUCGUGCACACGAAGGAGAUUAAGUCAUGGGCGUUCAAUAUACCUGCGAGGCUCCAAGGUUUU